UUUCCAAAUAGAAAAAGGUUGGUUGGGCAUUCGCCGUAAACAGAAGAGAGAGAGAGAGAGAGAGAGAGUCCUGAAACUUGGGUGCGAUUCCUUCACUCACAACAACAACACAUCACUAUGGCUCUUCUGAGUCGAGCCUCUUCACGCUUCCCUCAGCUGGUUUCCCCUCAAAGGGUAGUUUCACUCCACACAACGCUCCCAUCUCUGAACGCAUCCCCAUCCACAGCCACGCCUACACCAUAUGCCCCGCCACCGCCUCCGUCCGCUUCCUCUCCCGCCGGCGUUUCGAAGGCGGCGGAGUUCGUGAUCUCGAAGGUGGACGAUCUGAUGAACUGGGCCCGCCGCGGCUCCAUCUGGCCCAUGACCUUCGGCCUCGCCUGCUGCGCCGUCGAAAUGAUGCACACCGGCGCCGCCCGCUACGAUCUCGACCGCUUCGGCAUCAUUUUCAGGCCCAGCCCUCGCCAGUCUGAUUGCAUGAUCGUCGCCGGCACUCUCACCAACAAGAUGGCUCCCGCUCUUCGCAAGGUUUAUGACCAAAUGCCUGAGCCUAGAUGGGUCGUCUCAAUGGGAAGUUGUGCUAAUGGAGGAGGAUACUACCAUUACUCUUACUCCGUAGUUCGGGGAUGUGACAGGAUUGUUCCUGUUGACAUAUAUGUUCCAGGCUGUCCUCCAACUGCUGAGGCUUUGCUGUAUGGACUCCUCCAGCUGCAGAAAAAGAUCAAUAGGCGCAAAGACUUCCUCCACUGGUGGACAAAGUGAGGUCGAUUCGGUUUAUUUUCUUGGCAUCGAAGCUAUUUUAUAAUAAGCAAUUACAUGGUAGUUUACCUUGCUAAGAAGCACUCAUGUUAGAUGGAGAUUGUGUCCGUACAAUACUUUGUCACAGUUUCUGAAUGUUUUAUGUGCUGCUGCUUUUACGGGGCUUCAGGCCCAUUUGAAGUUGAAUAAUGGAUGUUUAUUGUUAUCUGUCAAUGCUUAAUCUGCACCUGAGAGUGUAAACAAUUUCUGAAUGACUCAUGUUUGGUUUGUAAGUUACGGUUUUUACAUUGGACCAAUUACAGUCUCGCAUAUUCCUGAUUAAUGGCGUUUCAAUAAAUAAUAAUUUUGAAUUGAA